CUUGUGAGAUGUAACUUUGUUGAGCGAGCCCGAAUUUCCUUGGCAUCUGAUUAGACGACAAGUCCGGGACAGCGUGUCUGCCCGCGUUGUUUGGUUUAUCUUCGAAACUCUUUCUUGUUUUUGUUCGUGUUCUUCUUCCUUUGGUUGGUUUGAUUUGUGAUUGGAGGCCCUAACAAAUUCCAAAUCUCUGGAUGACAUAAAAAGUGCCACCUCUUGUUGGGUUUCUAUCGUUGUUAUAGCGCAUGGCAAACUUUGACCCAAGAGUUUCAUAUUCUUCACUUUCUAAGAUUGAAAAGGAAAAUGUCAAAUUCCGCUAUGAUGAUGACUACACUGAUUCUCCAUGGGCGGCUGUUCCACAAGCCCCGUUAGGCUCAAAUUCCUCUAAACAAGAUUACACGUACCAGUUCCCAAUUGAAUCUGAUGACUUUCUUGAUGGAGGAUAUGAUUCUAGUGAUGAUUCUCGGAAUUCCAUGCAAACUAAUAUGCCUCCUGAAGUGAACUUGAAGAAUGUGCUCGGAGGUAUAUUUUCCAUUUUGACUGGCCAGAACAAAUCGGUUCCAAGUCUCACCACAAAUCAACAACUCCCCAGUACAACUGUUUCCUUUCUCGGGUCUGGAAAGAAUGGAAAUACUGACCUGCACUCCUCUGUUUACAUACCCAGUGCCCCACCACUCCUCGAGCCUAGUGGGGUUAAUUAUAGCGCUUACAAAGAGGUGUUGGAGGCUGAGCCCCCAGAGUGGCUGCCGGAUAGUUCUACUACAGUUUGCAUGCAGUGCACUGCUUCUUUCACAGCACUGACUCGUGGUAGACAUCAUUGUCGGUUUUGUGGAGGGGUUUUCUGCAGGGCAUGUACCAAUGGGAGGUGCUUGUUACCUGUUAAGUUCAGGGAGAGGAAUCCGCAGAGGGUAUGUGAUACCUGCUACGAUAGGCUCGAUCCUUUACAGGGUAUUCUUAUUAACACCAUAAGCAAUGCCAUGCAAGUAGCAAAGCAUGAUGUGAUGGAUUGGACAUGCACAAGAGGAUGGUUGAAUCUUCCUAUUGGCAUGUCCAUGGAAGAUGAGAUAUACAAGGCCUCCAAUACAUUGAAAAGCUACUGCCAGGUUGCUAGGUUGAAUCCUGAUAAGUCCAUACCCUUAGCAGUUCUGAAAGGAGCAAAAGGCCUGGCAAUUUUAACUGUUGCCAAAGCUGGUGUUCUGGUUGCUUACAAACUUGGUACGGGUUUGGUCAUUUCUCGAAGGUCAGAUGGAUCAUGGUCAGCCCCAUCAGCCAUACUCUCUGUUGGCUUAGGAUGGGGUGCUCAGAUUGGUGGUGAGCUGUUGGACUUCAUAAUUGUGCUUCACGAUUUGAAAGCUGUUAAGACAUUUUGUAGUCGCUUGCAUUUUUCUCUUGGUGCUGGUUGUAGUGCUGCAGCAGGACCUGUUGGGAGGGCGCUGGAAGCAGAUCUUCGUGCCGGAGAUAGAGGUUCUGGCAUGUGCUAUACUUACAGUUGUAGCAAAGGUGCAUUUGUGGGAGUGUCACUGGAAGGGAAUAUUGUUGCAACAAGGAUGGAUACCAAUUUACGCUUCUAUGGCGAUCCUUACCUCACCACGUCUGAUAUUCUACUUGGGAUGGUGGACAGACCAAAGGCUGCCGAGCCCUUGUAUACUGCCCUUGAUGACCUUUUCUCCAGUGUACGGUGAUUUCUCUUCAUCUGCAAUAUGGCAUCUUUCUGAUGGAUGUGAAGCAUCUCCAUGACCACUGGAAUAGAUCAAUUUAUAAACACAUGGUUGGAUUCUGAUAAGGAUUCCUCAUCUUAGAUCUAUAACUGUGAAAAAGUUGUUUGGAGUUGUUUCGUAUUCUCUGUAUGAAGGGAUGUACUCGAUGUUAUUGUUUCCAUAUCUUAAUCUCCUGCAUCUGCCAUUGUCAUACCAAUCGGUUUAUUAUGAUGUGAAUACACUUAUUGGGAUUUCUACGUGUAUAUAUGCAAUAGAAUGGUACAGUUUCUUUAA